CUAGUUAUCAGAAAGCCACUAUAUGUAAGAUUGUCUCCUACCAAGACAAACAUUUAACAACACAUAUCUAUCUGAAUGUUCCGCAUGAUUCUGAACGCGUCCACUAGUAUACCUUGCGUUACGUCUGGAAUCCUGCGUUCAUCUGCGCAGCUUUCAUUCUCUCCACUGGUUCUAUUCCGAGAGUAAUUAGCGGCAGAGCGCUUUCGAAACAGCACCAACUCAAAGCAGGGUUAGGGUUGAUCUUAUAGAUGUCAGACUGAAGACAAUCCGAGCCACCACUGGUACUGACACAGAGAUAGGUUUAGUAAAGUAGGGCUGGACACAGGUGGACUUUCACGUCGUCGGCGUUGUGACAACAACAUAGACCAACGCAAUGAGCAGCAAUAAUGAACUCCGCUUUGAUCCAAAGGAGCACCAGCACCUGCGCUACAACCCCCUCCGGGACACGUGGGUUCUGGUGUCGGCCCACAGGAUGAAGAGACCUUGGAGUGGCCAGGUGGAGAAGGAAGAGGAGGACCAAGUACCUCAACACGACCCAAACAACCCCCUCUGUCCUGGGAACACCAGGGCCAACGGAGAGGUGAACCCAGACUACAACAACACAUUUGUGUUUGAGAAUGACUUCCCAGCCCUGCAGCCUAAUGCUCCUGACCCAGGAUAUAACCAACAUCCACUGUUCCAGUCUAAAGCAGCCAGGGGUGUCUGCAAGGUGAUGUGUUUCCACCCCUGGUCUGACGUCACACUGCCUCUCAUGACGCUUCCUGACAUCAUCAAAGUGAUUGACAAGUGGGCAGAACUGAUGGUGGAUCUAGGCUCCACCUACCCCUGGGUCCAGAUCUUUGAGAAUAAAGGAGCCAUGAUGGGCUGUUCCAACCCCCAUCCCCACUGCCAGGUGUGGGCCAGUAACUUCCUGCCUAAUGAAGCCACCCUGUCGGACCGCUGUCAGAGAGAAUACCUGAAGACACACGGAGAACCUCUACUGCUGCAGUACGCUAAGAUGGAGGCAGAAAGACAGUGUGUUAGGUGUGAGUUCCACCAGCGCCAGAUACACACAAAUCACCCGCUUUGUAAACUACAGAUGUAG